CAUCUAUUUUCCCUUUAUUUAUUUAUUUAUUUAUUUACUGGAUAAACAAGCCAUGUUACGGGCAUUACGGAACAGGUCAAUGUGGAUAUCCCGAAUUAUUCUUUGAUCGAGUUGGCCAGCUCUUAACGCCACUCGAAUUUUUCAAGUGGUAAUCCUCCCUUCGCCCAUCCCUUAUCUCAACCGUUUCGUCUCGGGAAGAAUCACAUGGACCAACUCGUGAUGAUGAAUUAUUGAUAGUUGGGAGAUUCAGCGUUUCUCCCAUUGCUGGAGUGAUUUUUUUCAACAACUCUGGCGGUUGUGAUGAUACAUUCUACUGGUGAAAUAAUGGUAGAGGGAAUGAUGAUAGAAAAACUACGAGGGUUUUGUGAUUUCGAGUUUACCGGUAGCAUCAAAGAUGUACUUUCUCGUACUCGAUCAUAUCGAUUCAAAGGCGUCUCAGAGACACAUCGAGUCAAGUGAAAACAUGCCAUUCAGCCACAGCGAAAACCUUCGACCUCCAAUGAAUUUGCAUUAACCAGAGAAAAUCAACGUUUCACCUCUGAAAAAAAAAUCCCAGCAAAAGUGAAUUUACCUCAGAUGAGUAGAUUGAGGCCGCAGAAUGGAGUCGAAGAACGGAACUGACGAAUUUGUUACGGUAGUCAGUGUAGGAACUCAGCCAAAGAUUGAAAAUUUUGUAACUGUGCUAUCGAUUGGCACUGGAAGGACCGAGGGAUCUGCCGAUGGUGACGAAGGACAACUCGAUGAGGAAGUUGAGGUUUACAGACUUCCUGGGGAGCGACUGGGAUUCGGGCUCAAGUUCGAAGGGGGUAAUAAAACGUCGGAGCGUGUGAGGAGGCUCUUUGUCCAGAGUUGUGCUGAACACAGUCCUGCCAGCAGGACUAAGUGCUCCUGGGGUAGCUUGGGAGAGGGAGAUGAGAUUUUAUCCAUCGAUGGAGUUCCGGUGACUCACAUGAGUCGUCUAGACUGCGUUCGCCACCUCAAAGAAUCUCAGCUCGUGAUUAAAUUACUCGUCCGGUGUCGAGGUGCACUGCGACCAAAAGUGGUCAGCGCUGAGAGGAAGUCAAGUCCCGAAAAGAGUAAAUCUCCUCCUGAAUUACCUGCCUUGCCACCCCCAGUACCACCCAGAAAGCUGAGACAGGCCCGCGGUUCGGCAGAUGGUGAUGCCAAUCCGAGUCCAGUGAGAAAAAUCAAAAACGGACAGGGGAAUGCUCUCCGUGGAGAAACCAAAUUCUCAAUCAACCAUGGCAACAAUUCAUCACCGAAAGCUACAAAUCACAAGUCCCCAGAAUUCACCAAAAGUAAACAGCCGACAAUGCAGGAGCCCCCGGAAGCAUUGGUGUACCUCGACGCUCGUUCCCAGGAUGGAUCGAGCACGCAUGGAAGUACUUCAGACGACACAGGCAGCUCCAUGUCCACUGUAGUAGACAGAACUUUAACCUCAGACUUAUUUUCGACGAUUUCAACAACAUCAACCGCCUUAGAACAACCGAACGACACUCCAAACGACAGCCACUGUCUCCUGGAGUCAUUCGACCACCUGGACAAAGACUUCUGCACCCCCCCAGGUUAUUUGCUCAAACGUCUGGCCAAUUCUGAGGCAGUGACCCACGUAGAGUCUCGAGGAGAAGUCGGAGCUCUAGUUGAGAAGGUGACAGCAGUGGUUGCCCCCAAUACAGUCCUGAUAGAGGAAACCUUGACCCUCCAGCCACCCCUAAGCUUCCAGGACGCUCCACUGAGCUACGCCCACGAAACAAGCCCUGGAAUUUUUUACACAGCAGAUCUCGCUGCCGACUCAACUACUCACUUUAGACCAAUCUGUGAUGAUGCCUCAAUGGUAGAAUCCGUAAACGAAUCCCCCGAGUCACCAAAAAAAUCCACUGACAUCCUAGCCCCACCUUUACCACUCCGUAAUCACAUUAACAGAAUUCCAGUGAACCAGAUAACCAGGGACUCUGUUUCCGGCGAUAAACCUGACCCUAAUGAGACCGAUAAACCUAUUGACGAUUCCCUAAACCUUCCACCAAAGCCAUUACCCCGUAAAGAUUCGAAAUUCAAGAGGAAACGAUUGCCUCCACCGCCACCGCCACCAACAGCACCGAGACGUGAAGCACCACCGGUUCCCCAUCGUACCUCUCAAAUAUCAAAGUCAAUUGUUCAUGAAAAACCGGAUGUUGAUGAUGUCACGCUUUUACAAAUUUCAUCAUUGCGUAAAGAGCAAGAAAAGAUUUCCUCGAUAGUUAAUGAACCGAUCCCUCCACAAUUGUCUGAGAAAAAACUCGAGAUUAAUGGCUCAAUAACCGAGAAUAUAUCAUCGAUCAUUGAUGACCCCAAAUCCUUGGAAACAAUUCCACAUAAAGAGGAUAAUAACACUCUACCGACGAACAAAGUCCUCGAGAUUAUCGAGAUGAAGAGAGUGAAAGCUUUUCUAAAGACUGAGCAUUUACCUGAUGAAAUUUUAAACCAAUCGAUGGCCAUGGAGAACAAUGAUCUCCAGUUCAUUGAAGAGACGGAGAUUUCUAUUUUUUCGUCGUCCAGGCAGAAGAGUAUCGUCGAGUCGCCAGUAAUAUUUGCCCGGAAAUCCCCGGAUUUCAGCAGUCCUGAGGUGUGGGACGAGGCUAGGGAGCAUCAGGAGAACGAUAAAUUUGGGGAAUCGGACGAUGAUGACGAUGAAACCUACGCAUCAUUGAGCUUGAUUGAGGAUUCAAAAUCACUCGAAUCGUUGCCCAUAAUUAUCACUAAAGAAUUAGACGAUACCGAUAGCAGCUCAGAGAGCAGUGAGGACAAUGGUGACGAUUACUACUGGCAAAGUAAUCUCGCAACAAUUGGUGAGGAGGAGGAGACACCUUCGCUCGAAUACACACCAGUGAACAAAGAGCCUGAGGCCACCUCGAUCACUGCUGAGCCAAGUGAACCAUCGAUUAGCCACAAUAACGAGAUAACCAGAGAGCGCGAUGAUACAGAAUCCUUGAAGGGAGAGAGUACAAAAGUGGUGGAUAAAAAACUCCAUAAGAGCGCGGUAAAUGGUAGGAUGGACAACUGUGGAGGCGGUCAACGCCUGCCCCCGGAUGGGGACGAGUUUCCAGCGGCUUACCAAGAGUUCAGCGCCUCUGUACAGCAGUACCAAUACGUUGUAACACCACGUACCACCACAAUGAUAACCAAUGGAACAAUAAAUGAUACGGAAAAAUACAAAACAUCUAAAGCAUCGCAAGUUACUGAGACCCGUAUAACAUCGCAGUACAUAGUUACGAGUAAACCAGAUAUAUCCUUAAAACAAACAGACACAUUGAACAAGGUAAAUUCCCACCUGGAAGAUAGCAAGAGAAAUCCCGUGACAUUUACGAAUACAUAUACGAGGGAUAAUAAGCAACGGUGUGUACAGGGAGUCGUGCUGACUGAGAAGAAAAUCGAGAUUGCUGGAUAUUAUCCGAAAGAAUCAAAGAUCGAUAAUGAAACGACUGGUAAAGAUAAUCUGGACAGUCCUCCACCGUUGCCACUAACAGGACCACCUAGCUACGAGAAAGCAAUGGUGCACAGUAGGAUGGCAAACGAGACGUGUGUUAAUUCACGGAAAUUUUCGUUGAACGGCGAUUUAAGGAGUCGGGACGAUAAAUCAGAGAAGUCAGUGAGGGAUAAGAUAGCUAUGUUCUCCAAGGGCAGUAUCGAAUCACCACUCUUUCCGAAUAAUCCCGCGGCCAGCAUCGCUGUCACAUCGAGACGAUUAUCCAAGUAUAAAUCAUCCGAGGAUUUCUUUGUCGAUGAUGAUAAUAAAUGCACCACCAUGCAAAAUGAUCGUUACUUCAGCUCUUGCGAUCUUACGGAUUCUGCUAAAAGUCAUUCUGAUUUAUCGAUCAGUGGGGGAACAGAGAGACCGCCUUGUCCGCCAACAUCAUCACCACCGGUGGAAUCAGUCGGCCGUGUGACAACACUUUCCACUAAGACAUCAACCAAACCAAUGGCCACACUAAAAUCCGGAUUAUUGACUUCAUCGGCGAGUUUAACUGACGUUAAAUCUGUCAUUAAUCCGUCUAGAUCCAAUGGCGGUGGACUAUUGUUGGAGGAGGGUAAGAAUAUACCGGCAUUAACGAGGGCAACUAGCUUCUCCGGUGGAAUUUCUUACGGUGAAUUACCGCCUGCCAAUGGACAAGUAUCCAGGGCUAAUUCGCUUGCAUCGACAUUCCGUCGUACUGAGGAUAUGAGGAGAACCAGUCUGAAUCAAUUGAUCGAACAGAGAAGGAAAGGAAUUUCAAAGCUGAGGGGACUUGUUAUACCCGAGAAGGACGCUGUCCCUGUCGAUCAGCCAAUAAUCGAUCUUCCAGAAAUCAAAUCGAGGGAUUCUAUUCUAGUGCAACAGAAGGUCAGUAUAAUUGACAAGUGGGGCUCACAGGGCUCUCUAGCAAGCAAUACCAGUACCCAGAGUAUGCCGAUAAAGACAACGACGUUUAAAAUGCCAGCGCCGCAAAUCCUUCCAAAAUAUUCACCAGCAUUCAAACGUAAAAGUCUCACAGUUUAUGGCUCAUCAAAUGUCACAUCACCCUCAAGCCAACAGACUAGUCCAGCCACCACAGUGACGCCCACUGAGCCCCCCAAGAGUUUAGAAAGUAUCUGCAGUCCAACUAGAAGUGACUACAGCUUUGAAUUUGUAUCAUCCAGUGUAUCACCCGAGAAUAUACGUAAUCGCCCGAGAACUGGACAGAGAAAGAUACGUGGGGAUUACGAUGACUCGGACAAUGAUUCAGCAGUUAGUAGUUCACAGAGUAGUAUAUCGAGGGGUUUCAGUCCACCAACAUCACCAGUACCAUCUGAUCGCUCCAAUCUGUCAUCCGACAGAUCCUAUUCAAUAAUGAUGGAUACUAAAAACUACUUAACGAGUGACGGACAAUUUUCCAAAAAUGAGGGCUACACAGUCGAGAGAAAUUAUUUGAGCUCGAAUGGCUCGUCGAGUGGUAGCAGCAGUGCCAGCAGCAGUGGCAGCAAUUCCAGUCACUCUGAUCCAAGGUCACCACCACCUGAACCCAACGUGAGAUUCACUGGAAUUCCACAGAGGCAGAUGCUCAAACGAUCGAGCAGCACUGAGACAACCUGCAGUACAUCGUCAACUCUCACCUCGGGCUCACAGGCCAGUGCUGAGUCGUUGUCCAGGCGUGUACUCAAGCCCCAGAGUGUCGAAGCCAUCAAUCGAAAGAACAUUCUUGCCAGUGCUAGGUGCCGAAGCGGUAGAGAUCUCAACGGUUCUCCUCUCAUCCAACGUAAAUUCUCCGAUGACGAAGAGAUACCGGUUGCUCAGCGCAACGGAAAGUAUGAUAAAAUUCCUAAUGGGAAUUGUAACAGUGAGACAACUCCCAAGAACAUUAAAAUAGCGUACGUCGAGGUUAUCGAGGAUUUGGUCUCCAACGAUGAGCCGACCAUCGUGGAAUCUCCAAAAUAUCUCCCUAAGAGAACGGGAGUGGGGUCGUCAUUGGCACUCAAAAAAUCCCCUAAACCUGAUAUAAUGCAACCCUCGGACGACCUGAAGAAUUGGGUGCGAACGGAGGUCGAGGCGUUGCUGAUCGAAGACAGCACUUGUUUGGAAAAAGUCCAGGCUUUACAGACGAGAAUACCCAGGACUCAAUCGUCAUUAACCCUCGACGAGGCAAACGGUACAGCUCCCAUGGGAGUGAAAAGAAUGCCCUCGGUCGAGCAAAUCGAUAGCUCCUGCAAGAAAACCAUCGACUCUCACAGCGAUGAUUUACUAACAACAUUGACAACAAAAAGCAGAUCACGAGCGCCAAUUAGUUUCGAGGACGGUGCAAUACUGCGCUCAAAAUGUCAGAUGAGUCUGGAGGACAUUCUAGCGGGUAAGGCUGAGCCAAAGCGCCCUGAACCGCACUUGAUUCACUCAGUUUCUCACCGACGACUGUCUGUCGACUCGAGAGACACUAACAGCAUUGUAAAACCGAGGGUAAUGGAGUCUGAAGACAAAACAUUCGUUUCAAAAAUACCCACGUACGGGAGAUCGAGGGGAGAUGCCGUUGACGAGUCCAAUAAACUGGCUGACAGGUCAAGAACCUCGAAAAUUCCCAUGCAGAGAAGUUUGGGAAGGAGGAGUGCAAGUGUCACUGACAUGAAAAAGGCACUGGAAAAGACCGACUAUUCUACCAAUCAUCAGUCUCAGCAUGGGGUGCAGGGUAUCCACCACAGGUGUCCAAGUUUGGAUAGCAGUGUUGAGGAGAGUAUUCGUCCUGUUGGAACGGAAAACGAUGCUGAACGAUUUUAUGGGGAACAGUUUGGCAGCAUAAGUUCAUUGGCCAGCAGUACAAGUUUGAUAUCACAGCAGGAACUCGCCUUGCUCGUUGAAGAGGCAAGUCUUGAGGAAGCUAGGGGAUCUCACGAGGUCAUUGUGGUUCUUUUGCACAAGGAGAAUCCCAGUGGCAGCGUGGGCAUCACUCUGGCUGGCGGGGUUGACUGUGAGGUCAAGGAGAUCACUGUACAUCGGGUUUUGGCGCACUCGAUUGCCGACAGGGAUGGCAGAGUCCAGAGGGGCGAUAGGAUAUUAAGUAUCAAUGGGAGGAGCACCAGAGGCCUCAGCCACAGGGAGAGCCUCGCUGUUCUUAAGCAACCCAGGUCCGAGGUCGUUCUUGUCGUGUCCAGGAUUAGGGUCGAGGAGGCUGGCAACCUCAGGACCAGGACCGAGUCCGUGGAAACUAUUGUCGAAGGAUUCGAAAGUAAUGGAAUGGAAGACACCGCAUGGGGCCCCCCAACUCGUGUGAUCAUCUUUAAAGACGGUGCUGGUCUGGGUUUCAGUCUAGAGGGUGGCAGGGACAGUCCACUGGGAGAUCGAGCCCUCGUUAUAAAAAAAAUAUUCACUGGUGGUGCUGCUGAGAAAACAGGUGCCUUAACUGCUGGCGAUCAAUUGCUGGAGGUCAAUGGAAGUGAUGUGACCCGCCUAUCGAGAAUUGAAGCGUGGUCCUUAAUGAAGAAACUACAGGAUGGAGAAGUUAAUCUCCUAGUCAGGCACCCAGCCACCAAGUCAUCGUGAAUAUUCAGAUUAUUUAGUCAUAUCGAUGAAAUAAACAAUGGCGAAACGGCUAACGUUCAAUAAUAACUACUCAACGAAUCGCAAAAGCAGCUGCACAGCUUUAUCCAGCAAAUGGAAAUACCAAAAACGUAAAUAUUACAUUUACGUUGGUCGUGAGAAGUCUAUUGCAUUUAGACUAGAGCAUCCUUGCCUUACGUAUUAAAACAAAAAGUAAUAUAAAUUGUUCAAAUUUUCUUCAGACUGCUCAUCGGAGGGAAACAAUUGCGCGAUGAGAACUUUGAUAAUGAGGGGGGAGGGGCAAUUAUUAUUAAUUGUGUGCCAGUUAGACACACAUGCUUGAGCCAUACGAUUCUGCGUAGAACUUAAUGUUUUUUUCUUUAUUUUUAAUGGUAAUUCAAUCAUUGAAUUGUAACACAGUGCUGGCAGUGCAAUAAUUAUGGUCAGGAUAUGGCAUUAAAGCUUCUAGUUUCAGUCAGAAUUAUCUAGCUUAAUAUUUAAAAAAGUGGAAGAGAAAUUGUAAAUAUAUUUGUAUUCUGAAAUUGGCUGAGGCACGAGAGGAUCGAGUGGAAGAGCAAGCGCAAUGGAUGGAAAGUGUCAACUUAGAUAAUAUAAAAAUGUUGCUAAUUUAAGAAAAAGUCUAUUUUAUGGGAGUAUUUAAAUUGUAAAUUUGGGGGAAUGCGUUUGUUGAUUAUCGUGCUGUGAUAUGGGAAGGAUCGGCCUAUGAGACUAAAUGAUUAAUGUUUGUAAAAUUGUGUAAAUUUCAUUUCGAAUUAAUUUUUCGUCGUUGAAUCACUUUCUGUUAGUCAAUAUGCAUUUACUUAUUCAGGCGCUGUUAAUGUAUCGCUUAUUUUUCUGUCUCUCAAUGUUUUGUAUCUGUAUUUUUUCUCUUUUGAUUCGCAAACAAAUUGUGUUGAUGAUGUUUAAAUAAAUGAUUUACGAAUA